UUCCUCCCAUUUGGAAUCGCAAAAUGUCGAAAACAAAAAUGUCGAAAAUCCCACUCUUCGUUGCAUACACGAUAACUCCCUCUGCCUUUCGAUCACUGUAAUAAUUUACGACACUUUCUUUCUUCUUCUUCUUCUUCUUCUUCUUCUACUUCUCUCUCUCUCUAGAUAUAUCGUGGGUGGGUGGCUUAUUGCAGUAGAAAUUAGCCCUAAUAAGCAGAAAAAAAAGAACCAGGGGCGUUGAAAAAUAAAUGUCGUCGUGGUUGAGAUCUGCGGUGAGCAAAGCGGUGGAGGUUGGGAACAAGAACAACCUCACUCGCACCGUCAAAAACUAUGCCGACACCGUCGUCCAACACGCCGGUCAAGCUGUUGCCGGAGGCGCCAAAAUCAUCCAAGAUCGCAUUGGUGCUCGGAAUUUCAAAAGCUUUAGGCAGACUCUUAAAAGAUUAGAAGAAGCUGCUGUUUCUUGUAGGGGCCCGGAGAGAGCCCAGUUGAUGAAAAGAUGGUUGGUUGUGCUUAAAGAAAUUGAAAAAUUAUCUGGGGUUUCCUUGGAGGAAAAAGAAAAGAAUCCAGAGCAGAAUCAUCCCUCUGAAGAACCAAAGGAGAAUAUGAAAAAACCUUCUAUGGUUUUGUAUUAUGAUCCGGAUCUGGGAGGUGAACCAAUGAAUUUUCUGGAUGUUUUUCUGUACAGCCAAGCUUUGGAGGGAAUAGCAAUAUCUAUGAUUCUUGAAGCACCAAAUGAAGAGGAAGUUUCUCUACUCCUGGAAUUGUUUGGGUUUUGUCUUACUGGAGGGAAAGAAGUUCAUAAUGCUAUAGUGAGCAGUAUACAGGAUCUUGCAAAAGCUUUUUCAGGAUACCAAGAUGAAGUACUAGUAAGGGCCUGGAAUGUUUUGGUGAAGCGGGAGGAAUUGCUCCAGUUUGCACAAGGUGCCAUCACGGGGUUGAAAAUUAAUGCUGAUCUUGAAAGAAUAGAUGCUGAAGUCUCUUCUCUAAAGAGAAAACUUGGUGAAAUGACAGCAACCAGGGAUUUUAUAGGUGAAGGUCAUGAAGCAGCCUCCAAAGAAACAACUGUUGCAACAAUAGAGGCUCUGAAAGAAGCUCUUGCACAUAUUCGAGUUUGUUCCAAAUUAGAAGGGCUUCUACUGAAGAAAAAAUCUGUCAAUGGUGGGGACUCUCCAGAGAUUCAUGCUCAAAAGAUUGAUAAGUUGAAAGUCUUAUCUGAAUCUCUUGCUAGCUCCAGCACAAAAGCCGAGAAGCGCAUAUCAGAUCACAGAUCUCAGAAAGAGGAAGCGGUAAAAUUUCGUGUGGCCAAAGAAAGUGAAGUCAGUGAAAUAGAGAAGGAAUUAGCAACUGAGGUUUCAGGACUCGAGAAACAAAGAGAUGAACUUGAAGCUGAAUUGAAAAAGGUUAAUAUCUCCUUGGCCGCUGCCCAAGCACGCCUUCGUAAUGCCCGGGAAGAGAGGGAUCAGUUUUAUGAAGCUAAUGACCAGAUUGUUGCGCAUUUGAAAACAAAGGAGGAUGAGCUUUCGAGAUCCAUUUCCUCAAGUAGGGUAGAAGCAGAUGUUCUGAAAACUUGGAUAAACUUUUUGGAAGAUACUUGGGUUCUCCAAUCCUCAUAUGUGGAGACUAAGGAGAAGCAGGUCAAUGAUGAAUUGUGGAGACAUGAGACCUAUUAUGUCAACUUGGUCGUUAGUUUCCUCUCUGCUUACGAGAAAGAGCUGAAGCCUUCCAUUGAGCGCAUCAGGAAAUUUGUGGAUCACUUGAAGAAUUUGAGGGAAGGGUCAGGAAUGGCAUCUGGUGUUGGUAAAGAAGAUUCCAAAGAACUAAACCCUGGAGAAACUCUUGAGGAGCAAUAUGUGAACUGUGAAGCAAAGAUUAUAACCACUUUCAGUGUAGUAGAUAAUAUGAAAGAGCAGUUCUAUACUCAGCAAGGGAAAGUUUCAAGGGAAGAUGAUGCAAGGGUCAAAGAUCUGUUUGAUAGUAUUGAAAAAUUAAGGGAGGAAUUUGAAUCUAUUGAGAGACCAGUUCUAGAAAUGGAGAAUCCCUCAGAGGCGGACACUCCUCGGGAGAAACAACCGGACAGUCCGAGACACCCUCCGAUGCAGGCAACAGAAUCACCAAAAGCAGCGAAGGAUAAGCGCCCCAAGUCACCUAAAGUCGAGGCUGAGCAGGGGCUCGAUACUGAGGCAGAAUUGGCAAAACUGGAAUCUGAAUUUGGGAAGGUUAGUCAAGACUACUCAGCUGAAGAGGUUGGUGACUGGGAAUUUGACGAGCUUGAAAGAGAGUUGAGAUCUGGUGACUCAGCAGCAAGAAAGUAGAGAUGAAAACAGUUGUGCCGAUGAUGAGAAAUCAUUGUAUUGUAUUCUAAUAAACAAACCGAUAAUUGUAUACGAUUUGCUUGGAAGCUUUCUUUGUAAUGUUGGGUUCUUGUUCUUUUAUUCAUGUGUAUAUUCUGAAACUUGUAUUGGGAGUUCUUGUAACAAGUGUACAACGUCAGUAUACUGUAAAAUAUAACCCUUUAGCAUAUGUUUUUUAUUUAUUUAUUUUCAACCUAUAAAUUUACAA